ACCAUGUUUGUUUCUCUUCUUUUUUCUCUCUCUCUCUUAAGAUCAGAUAUAUCUGCAAAAAAAAUAGUUGAAUUCCUUGGCAUCACAACCUUCCAAACAAACAGAAUUAAUCAAAAGUGAGAUUUUCAACAACAAUAACAACAAUUCUUCUUCUUCUUCUCUUUCUCUUUAGAAACAAAACAAAACAAAACAAAACCCAACCCCUUAUAUAUCUAUAUAUGUAUGUAUAUGGCUUCCAUGUUCAUCAUCAAUCAUCAUGAAAAUCAUCAUCAUCAUCAUAAACCUCUUCUAUGCUUAUAAAGCAGUCUCUAUUAUUAUUCUUCCAGAACCUUCCUGUUUGAUCCAUGGCUUAUGAGUUAUGUUAUUCAAUAUGACCAUGGUUCCUUCUCAAAACAACAAGAACUAUGCUUUCUUCUACACUGCUAUGAACCAAGUUGAAGGAUAUAACAGUAAUUACAGUAAUUGCUUAUUAGGAUCUGAUUUUCUUCUGAGGAAUCACAUGGCAGAGGAUCUGUCAAGAGCCACCACCAACAACCACAACCAUGAAGAACAAGAAGAAGAAGAAGAAGCAACUUCAAAGGGAGAAAGAGAACAAGAACAAGAACAUGAACAUGAAGAAGAAGAACAAUCAGGAAUCAACAACAAUAAUAGCAGUAACUGGCUUCAAUUGAGCAUAGGUUUUCAUGAUCAUGAUGCAGCAGCAACAACAAAACAAGACCAUCAUCAUCAUCAUCAUCUUGAAGAAGAAGCAGGUUCAACAAUGGCUGCAGCUACAACAGGUUCUGCAGGAUCAUCAUCAUCAUCACUUGUAGAGCUAGAGUUACUACCAGGUCGCCAUUUCAAUUGGGCUUCUUCAUCUUCUUCUUCAAGAACAGUGAUGUUUCCUUUUUCUUCUUCUUCUUCUUCUUUGUUCUAUGAACAACAACAUCAAACGUCUAUGUCUUUGUCCAUGUCUAUGUCCAUGGCAUGUGGACCCAACAUGAGUGCUCCAACAACAACCUUUGCAACUCAUCAUCAACAACAAGACAUGAUGCUAAUGAAUUGGGCAUCAUCGUUUUCUUCACAUCCUCUCAUGCCUCCUUUUCUUUCUUCUUCUUCAUCUUUGUCGUCUUUAUCACAAUCUUGUUCUUCAUCUUCUUUGAGGCCUUCUUAUUUUCCAACUACUCCUCCCUUUCAUCAUCAAUUUGAUGUGGCUGGACCAAGCAGCUCUCAAGAUUUCACUUCUUCUACAGUUAGAGUUGUUGAUCCUCCAAGAAGACCUCAUUCUGGAAUUUGGUUCAUGCUUCAAGCUGAACAAAACCAAGUUAGAGAACCAUUUUUACCUCAAAUAGCUAAGAGCUACCUUAGAAUCAAAGAUGGAAGGAUGACAGUUCGGUUGCUAAUGAAAUAUCUAGUUAGCAAACUCAGGCUUCAAAUGGAAUCAGAGAUAGAGAUAACAUGCAGAGGACAGAAACUUUUACCAUUCUUAACGUUGCAGCAUGUGAGGGAUAACAUUUGGACUCAGAGGGACACUACCAACAUAACAACAACAUCAAGACCUUUGCUUUCAGAUUCAUCAACCACAGAUCAUGUCAUGGUUCUCCAUUACAGUAGAACCAAUGCUUAAUCACAACUCAUCACUUUAAUUUUAUUGUAUCCUUGUUAUUAACUUAUCUAAACCAUUUUUUUUUUACUUGUUCUUUUAAUUUUUACUUUUCCAAUUUUUCUAUUCUAAUGGGUUUUGAUUAUUAUUAUUUUUUUUUGCUUCCUUUUUUUAAAAAAAAAAUCCCCCAUUAUUGAUGACAUGAAUUAGGGUUUUGGGGUGGCAAGUACUAUUAUUGUUGCCCAUAACAUUUUUAUUCUCAUAUAUAUAUUAUGAGGUGGGUGGGGAAUUAUUACCAUCAUAAUCAACUGUAUUAUCAACAACAAAAACUUAUUAAUCUAAUUUGAUCCACUAACCACUAUUUUCCCACUUUUAGUUUGUUUUUAUUCUAAUUUAAGUAUUGUUGUGUCCAGCUAAAUGCAUGUCAUAUCAAUACUUUUAUUUGGAUACAUGCAUGUGUUUUUAUUAGCAACAUCUAACGUGGGUACAGUUCCUUUUCCAAAUUUGUACUUAACAAAUUUUAAUUCAACAUCUAUAAAGUUCAACUUUAUUUGGUGCAAGUGCAAAAACAUAUGACAUGUCCAUAUAGCUUCUUCUAUAUUAAGCAUAAUAUCUCUGAAUUUUUCAGUUUUUUUUUUUUUUUUAUCGCCCCGCAAAAGAGCAAAGCAAAGAGUCAAGUCUAUAUAAGUUAAAGGAAGACUAUGCUAAAACAUAAAAGUGGUAGAAGUGAGUAUAUGAAAGCAAACAUUAGGGUUCAGUUAUUUUUUAUUUUCAGUUAUUUUUUAUUUUUUUCCCCCAAAAUUAAUGGUAGUGAAAGAUUUUUCCUUUUAUGUUUUGGGCCAUACGUGGGUUUUUUCAUAGAUAGAAUAAUAGGAAGAUUAUGGACUUUCUUCUUGGUCAACGAUAAGAACUUUUUUUUGGUCAGGAAUGAUAAGAACUUAUGAGCUAAGAAAAUUGAUUUUGAGCAGGCCAGCAAUUUGGCAAUUCAAAAUAUAAACAAGAGUCCAGGCCCAAAAAGAGCAGAAAGAAACUUCAUACGGCCCAUAUCAUCUUAAACCAUAGCUAGUGAUUUCCAUGAAUCUACCCUAUUAGAGCUUUUGAGUAGACAAAUUAAUGGUGUUUAUAGUGUGCUGAAUUCAAAAUAUAUAACACAUCAUUGAUGUAAUUACCUUCGCAAAGUUUUGAAUGAAGUUGUAAUUAUUUAGAGCGAGAUUUAGAGUUAAGUAACAUCACAUAUGAGAAAAAGAAAGAAAACUAAGAACUACGAGGACCUCCAUUUAAAAGCACACAAGAGCCUAAUGUGAAAAUAAUACAGAUCAAACUCACCGACAUUAUGCAGAAAAUUAACUGUGCCUGAGAAAAUGGCUAUCUAAGUCACAAGCAUAGUCAACUAUAAAUAAAACCAUCAAAUUCAUCCAAAGUAUAUAUAGUGUACAUGAGGCAAACUGAUGAGUGAUGACAAUCAUCCUAUUAUUUCAACUUAAAAUUCAUCCAACGUUGCAAAAAUGUGAAUAAAAAGACCUCAACUAUAAAUAAAAUCCAAACCUCAUACAAAGCAAAAUUAAAUGACUAAUCACUUUCUAUCAUACCCAACAUUCACAACCACAUAAAAAGCAUGUACCAGUAGCUUUGAUUGUGGAUUCUCAUUUCUCAACAUGAUUAUCAGAUCAGCAUAUAUUGUCUAAGUCCAAUUUUAUGUCUCCCAUUGCAUAUGUAUGCAUUAUCUCACCAUAAAACAACUAUAAGAUUAUCACAAGUUUUGUAUCAAAAUUCAAAGCUACAAACUUAAAAUAUAGAUUAAGUGUAUGAAAGGUUAAACAUAGCAGAGAAACAAUAAUCCAUGCCUCAGACAUUGUAUAAAAAAUGAUUAUCAAUCACUUCAAUUGCAGAAACCAGAAAAUCUUAUCAGGAUAACAUCCAAGUUAUCCUACAUGAUCAAGUAGCUGAAAGAUUAAUAGAUUAAUCAAAAUGGAGGACAACACAUUAUCCAGCCUGUUAAUUUUGAUUUUCAGAUACAAGAUUACAAAGAUCUUCAGCUCAAUCCAAGCUCCACAUGCAUAAUUAGAGCACAGAAACAUCAAACAAUUGAAGACUCAAAUGAAUGAAUAGAUAUGACACCUCCAUCAAAAACUAGUUCAAUUGAGUAAGGUAACAGAACUGCUACUAAAAACAGAGAAAGAAAACAAGUCAUCAAAAGCUUCAACUGAAGAUCAAAGUAUAUAACAACCAUUGCUAUUCAUUCAUACUAACCAGAAACACAAAAGGAAACAUCUUACACAUGCAUAUAUCUACAUCAACUAUAUAAUUCAAGGUAGCACAAUAAGAAAGAGAACUUAAGAUUUAGAAACCAUAGACACACACUUCACAUUAACAAUUUACAUUACAUACAUACAUGAUCAUGGAAAC